AUCAGGAUUAAAUGUGCACAUCAAAACAUCAGGAGUGGAGCAGAGCAGUGUGAGAAAUAGCUACGACCUGUGAAGCAGAGCAAAAAUAUUCACAGUAUAGAGAGAAAACCUAUGUAUAGGCUUCAUUAAUGUCUGGGAACAUGUGCACUAAGCCAGGCGUCUUCACAGGGGGCCGACUUGAUGUGGAUGAGAAGGAGGAAAAGGUGGUGGACAUUUAUGUCCGUGGAGAGUCCGUGAUAGUUUAUGAGAACCCCUGGGUGGAGGGCGCUCCACCUCCAAACAUCCCAGCCACUGCCAGGGAUCGCCUUCCAGAUGUUGAUACCAGCUGCAAAGCCGUGACUGAAGAGAGAGACCGGAGAGAGAGUAAUAUCAAUCAACACGCCCUGCAAGGAUGGUUGUACUUCAACAACAGCUUGUACUACUUUUCUUCAGCCAGGAAAACCUGGAACGACAGUAGACAAGACUGUCAGAGCAGAGGUGCCGACCUGGUGAUUAUCAACAGCAGAGAGGAACAGGAGUUCACAGGGCAGCUCAAGAAGCUGACUUGGAUUGGACUGACUGACAGCGAGACAGAGGGAAUAUGGAAAUGGGUGGAUGGGACACCGCUGACCACAAGCUACUGGGGCCCUGGGGAGCCUAACAGUGAUGGAGGCAGAAAUGAAGACUGUGGAGAAAUCAGGUUCCAUGAUAGGAGAAACAGCUGGAAUGAUGAAUCAUGUGGCAGUUCAAAUUUCUGGAUCUGUGAGAAGCCGGCCGACCCAUAACUCAGAAUCUGAACCUGCUGGAGGACAGGAAGAUAAGAUGCAUCUGUUGUUUCCAACCGGACUGUGAAUGCAUUGCUGAAACGCUGAGGCUAUCGCUGGAAAAAUGGCUCAUUAGAGACAUGCAAUGGCAUAAAUGCAUACAAUCAUACAUUCAUGUGCACAAACAUACACACACAAACACAUAUUUGCAAUUAAGUUUAUUGCUUUGAUGACUGAACGUCAUGAAAUCACAGGUAUAAUAUCAGCCAUACCCACUUUCAUUGCUAAAUAAAUGUUUUAUGUCCUUGGUUGUCAUGAUAGACAUAAUUUCUACUUUUAUUUAAAUCCACAAAUGUUUCAGCAAAUUAUUAAGUGUAAAGUAAGAACAGAUCAAAUGCAUCCUAUGAUCUCCAAAAUGUUCAGAGUUGUGUUGUUUAGGAGCUACACCCUAAUGUAGAUGUGACUUAUUUAUUUUGUUAUAUAAAUGUAUUUCACUUUGCUAUGACCAUAUUUUAUUCAC